AGGAGCUCGUCAGUGGUUCUCCAGCAGGUGGCGGUGUUGGAAAAGGUGCAGGCGUUCGCCAGGUGUUGGAGGAGGCCAGUCGACGCUUUCUGAAUGGGACGCAGCAAAGUCCGCAUGGAGCUGGAGGGGGCGUGGCUUCCAGCUCCGGCUGAAAAUCGGGAGAUUUUCGGGAGAAUAUUUGUCCCGAGAGGUUUUCGGGAGAGGCGCUGAAUUUCGGGAGUCUCCCGGAAAAUUCGGGAGGGUUGGCAACAUCCCUCCUCCUCCUCCUCCUCCUCUUCCUCCAAGUGAAGAUGUUCCGUGACGAGAGUGUGUGUGCUAGCAGGGUGAAGCCCAUCUCAGGUUGGAUUCCAGCGAGCCACAAACUGACCGCAGAUCAGCCGUCUUACUUUGUUGCCUCCUGCUUUGGAUGGUGAUCACCAGAGUUGGACAACCUUUACAAUGAUGUUGACCAUCUCUGUUCUGCUGCUGCUGUUGCUCCUCCCACAUCAUCCUGUCUCCGCCUCCCCGGUUGCCAAGGAUCACUCGGUUUGUAGCAGAACUUUCUGUGGAGCCGGCCGCGAGUGCGUGUCCGACGACGGAGGCCGGCCCGUGUGUCGCUGUCUGCAGCGGUGUGACGUCUCCGAGCACUGGGUGUGCGCCAGCAAUGGCAGGUCCUACAGGAACCACUGUGAGCUGCACCGAGACGCCUGCGUCACCCGCACCAAGAUCCACGCCGAGACCAGGGGACGUUGUCCAGAGAAGCCGGCCAAGACGGACGUGAGUCCAAUCGUGUGUUUCCUGUCUGAUCGCGACUGGCUGAGGGGGCGAGUGAUCCAGUGGGUCCAGCAGGAGGUGGGAUCUGACGCCUCAUCACUUAACCAGCUCACGCAAACUUACUUUCAGAUGUACGAUAAUGGAGAUUCUCAGUUGGAUUCCAAAGAGUUCUUAAGUUUUCUGCAACAUAAUGAAACGGCACUGAACCUCAACUCCUCCAACACCUUGGAGACCAACACUCUGCUCCGGUCUUUGUGUGUUGAUGCUUUGAUCGAGCUGUCAGACGAGAAUGCAGAUUGGAAACUAAGUCCGACAGAAUUUAUUAAUUGUUUUACUCCGACCUACCAUCCACCUGAAAGAAAAUGUGCUUUGGAGGAUGAAGUGUUUGAGGAUGGCGCCGAGACUAGGAUGGAGUGCAACAAGUGUGUGUGUGCCUGUGGAAACUGGGUGUGCACCGCUCUGACCUGCAACGGGGAGCCUCAUGUGGACGUGAAGGAUGAAGAGGAGGAAGAGGAGGAGGAGAUGACGGAGGAAGAAUGGAGCAAAAGGGUGGCUGAACUCAGUGCUUCACAGGUCGUUGAAGUGAGCGCGUCCCUGCUUCAUGGUGGCGGUGGCGUUACGCAGCUCGGCGCUGCUGUUGUCCUCGUUGCCGGCCAUCACGGUGACCGGCACGCCAUCCGGAACGUCCCCGCUCAGGGCCAGCACCUGGUCGGAUGGAGAAGGACUUGGAUGGGUAUUGACAAACUACAACAGCAGGCUCUUGAAAGCAGGCACGUGCUCACGGUGAAGGCCCUGGGCAGGGUCUUGUUGCACCGCCAGUGGUGAGGAAGGCUGCUGCACAAGAAGUUGGGGCUGUCCGUCUGCACGAAGCCUCUAGGGGACGCUGUGCUGCGCUCGCAGAGGGUCCACACCUCAGCUUUCUCCGGGUGAGCGUUUGAGGACGAUGGAGCAGACCGACGCUUCAUUGGAGCACCUUAAGGACAGACAGGACAUUUGACUUACCUUUCUUCUCCUAAUUCAGCAGUGUUUCUUAACCAUAGGCUCAAAAUAUCUGUUUCUCAAUAGUGGUCGGUAUGGGAUGCAGUGUUACUCUUUUCCACCACUUGUGGCAGUAAUGACAUCACAGAGAAGUUCCUUAAGGGCAAAAAUUAUGACUA